AUGUGGAGAGUUCUUCGCAAUAUUGUCCCAACUCGGAAACGUUUGUGGAACAAAGGGGUUAAUUGCUCUCCGUUUUGUCCUCGUUGUGUUGGGGUGGAAGAAACCUUGGACCAUCUGCUUCGAGAUUGUCCCUGGGCCAAGCAGGCGUGGUUUAGUUCCAUUAUGGGAAUUGUUUGGGAGGAUAAUCCAGUGGGAUCUUUUGUGAACUGGUUUCUGGAGCUCAUUGAGACUACACCCCGUGAGGUGGUGGAAGGUGUGUGUGCGGUGGCGUAUGCUAUUUGGAGGGCUCGAAACAGGCUAUGCUUUGAUAAUAAAGAUAGUGUGGUGACUGAUGUAGCGUUGUUUGCAAUCCAGGAGCUUCAUGAGUACAAAUGCAAACAACAGCAGCUGGGUGGGCACGCUCAAGCCUCUGCUUCACCGCCUUCCUCUCGCAUCUGGUGCCCACCGCCGUCGGGGUAUUAUAAGUUAAAUGUUGAUGCGGCGGGAGCUGACAACGAUUGGGGCCUGGCAGCUGUGAUCAGGGAUGAUAGAGGGAUGGUCGUGGCCGCAUGUUGCAAGCAGGAUAAGCGCGCGUGGUCACCGGAGAUGGCAGAAACGGCUGGCCUUGUAUUGGGUGUGAAGCUGGCUCGGGAUUUGGGUCUUUGGAGCCUUUGUGCUGAAGCUGAUUGUCAGACUGUGAUUCUGAAGGUGCAAACAAGGGGAGCAUGUGGAGCUUACAUUGAUCUUCUAAUUCAAGAGUUGUUAUGCAUGGUGCCUUUAUUUUCUUGUAUUUCAUUUUCUCAUGUUUUUAGGGAGGCUAAUAGUGCUGCUCAUUGGCUAGCAAAGCGUGCGCUAGUUUCUCAAGAUGAGAUUUGGUUAGGUUGUACUCCCCCUUGUAUCCGCUCGUUUAUUGCUUCGAAUGUAUUGCCGAGGUCAAGUUAA